CACGAAACCUCCGCAUAUCACGGCCCGGCCAGAAGUCUCCCAACUCCGACCCCAUCCCGCUCACCCCGUCUUCAGCCAACCCUCCACCUCAAAAAUGGCGCCAACUCUUGCCAGGCCGUCGCUCAGCGGCGUGCAAUUCAUUCUUUCUUCCCCGACCACAACAUGCGCUGCCACCAGCGUAGUAACACGCGCCAUCGCCGCCCGAUCUUUCAGCACCACCCGAUCGGCUAGAGACUCGGUCUCGAUCCCCCCCGAUUCGCCCAACUACAUCAAGGUCCCCGAGCCGCCGCAGUCUUCCGAGGUUAGGCACCCUUUCGUCAAGGGCCACCUCCCGAUUCCCCGCUCCAUUUUCCCAAAGAAGGGCGUCCCGGAGAAGGUCCAAUCCGGCUAUGUCGAUCGUAUCGCUCCCAAGUCCGCCGCCGAGCUGGCUGGUCUGCCGCCCAAGUCGAAACAAGAGUCGUGGCGUCGCAAGAUGGCCGAGGCCCGGCGCAAGUCGCUCGAGGCCGGUCUGCAGGGACUCUGGCAGCGCAAGGUGAAGCGCGACCAGAAGCAGGCGAAGGAGAGCAAGGCGCGCUACUUGGCGAACAAGCGAGCGGCCCAGGCGCCGGAGCGUCUGGACGAGGUGUUCACGCGCGCGACGAUUCGCGAAAGCACGGCCAAGAACACAUUCGUGCCCCUGGACCCGGAGGCGUUCGAAAAGGCCGAGGAGGCGUAUAUUAGACAUACAGAGAAGGAGGCGAUGAAGAGCGAGGCGCGCCGGGACGCCCUCGUCCAGCUGUACGUGGCCUCCAAAAACUUUAUCGUGGACGAGAAGGAGCUGGAGGAGCACGUCAACAAACACUUCACCGAGAAGAUCCACAACGCCGGUCUCUGGGAAAGCGGCCGCAGCAUUUGGGAUUCGCAGAAGAACCCCAUUAGCAUGAGAGAGUUGCGAAACGAGUUCAGCGGUUUCAACGACAGAGUUACUGCCACCACUUCAGCCGCCGUAAAGACGACAGUUAGGCAGAAGAACGUGGCCGAGGAGUUGACUGGCGGCAAGUUGUAGUUGGGAUGCAAGGACUCUACUAUAUCUCCUUCGUCCUUCUCUGCCCUAUCAAAGUUGUACAAUUAGUCAAAGGUUUGCUGCGUUGUCGUAAUGAUUUAUACGAUUAGUGAAUCGAGCAACCUUGUACAAUAUGGGGGUGUUGUGUACAAAUAAAAUCAGAUCGGCCAAGGACACCCAUCCAUCACAACACUCAUAUUGAACUUACAACACUGUAUUUCAUUCCGAUACCCUAUCUCUCUGAGACGGUCGUUCUCAGAACACGCUUUAGUUGUUGCCUAAAUAGUACAAUGAUGCCCAUGAUCCCAUACGCCAGUGUCAACCAAUAUUUCCAAGAAACCAUUCCAUCAUGUCCAUCAUCAAGAAAGCUUCGUGCACAAAGAGAAAAAAAACAA